GUUUAACGAAAGAUAUACAAUAGUAGAUGGAAAUGAAAGUCGUGCUGUUAUUUGUAUUGGGAAUGAUAUGGUCAUCUAGGGCCUUGAAGUGCUAUACGUGCUCAACCGCGGACAGCCAACAUUCUAACUGUCAGAAAGAUUUCGAGGAUACUGCUGUGGCAUGCCAUGAUGUUGAUGAACCCACAUGUUUCGUAAGCAACUACACGAUAGUUGGAGUGAGUAACGUGUUUACACGCGGAUGCACAGAAUUAAGUCAGUGUACAAGUGAAAUGCUGUGCUCUUCAGUACAAUAUGGCACUACUCUCUGCGAGCUUUCUUGCUGUAAUAUUGACUUGUGUAACGGUACCAGCGCCUUAAUGUGCAACUACAAGCUCAGCGUCAUGGCAUUGAUUCUACUGUGUUUUUUCAUUUGAACUACUUUCCGUGUACAUAUUACACAAUUGAAUGCAGCCCACUAUGUGUUCACAAUUUAUGCAUGUAAUCCAGAACGAGUUGUCACAAUUUGCAGUUUCCUGUCACUUAUUAUAUCACAAAUAAUUAAGAUUUAAUAAAAUCUUUAGUUCGAAUUUUUAUUGCUAAAUUGUAUAUACAGUUAAUAACACGAGUAGCUGUGCAGUUUCAACUUACACUUAUGUUCAGCAUCUUCCAAUUUACAAGAUGUUAAUCAUAAUUAUGUUAAUCAUAAUUACGUGUUACACGGCACGAGUAGGAAGUGAAAUUAACAAUUUAUAGCCCUACAAUCCAAUGAAAACUAAAAUAAAGG